CGCUUGCUCGUCCAAAAACCACGCCCAAUAAUUUUACCUCCCUCCCCUACCAUCUCCAUCUCCUCUGGAAGCGUCGCGUGUGGUCCUACCCAAAUCCGCCACGCAACCCGGCAUUUGCGCCACUUGUGAUGGCGGCGGCGGCGGCGAGGCAGCGGAAGGAGGAGGAGGACGAGAUGCUGCUGGACGACGGCGACAUCGAGGAGAGCCCCCGCGACAGCUUCCGCGACUCCGACGACGAGGGGGAGGAGGAGGGGCGGGGCGAGGACGGCGACGGGGUCGGCUCCUUCGAGUCGCACCAGUGGCCGCAGAGUUACCGGGAAACAACUGACACCUACACAAUUGCCGCGUCUCCCAUCUUCGGUUACCUUGGUCCUUCAACCAGCAAAUACUCAAUCGAUGGUGGCCGCAGUGGCCUGGCUUCUGACCUCAGGCUGCCUUUCAUCUCGGAUAAGCUAGAAUCUGUCAAGAGCCUGCGGCGACAUCUUCUUGGUUCAGUCAGAGAUGAGAAGCUCUCAUUUCAGUAUACUGGAGAGAUCUACGUCGGUCAAGGGUGCAGCGUAACACAGACAGUCUUCAAUGGUGUUAACGUACUCGCUGGUGUUGGCCUUCUUUCUGCUCCGUUCACAAUUCAUGAAGCUGGAUGGGCUGGUCUUGCAGUUCUGUCUGUUUUUGCAAUUAUUUGCUGUUAUACUGGAGUUCUUCUCAAGCAUUGUUUCGAGAGCAAAGACGGUAUUGCAACCUAUCCAGACAUCGGGGAGGCCGCCUUUGGAAGAAUUGGCCGCUUGAUCAUAUCUAUUAUUUUGUAUACUGAGUUAUAUUCAUACUGCGUGGAAUUCAUUAUACUGGAAGGUGAUAAUAUGACAUCAAUCUUUCCUGACGUCAAUAUUAAUUUGUUUGGGAUUCAUGUCGACAGUAAACAUUUCUUUGGAGUGUUAACUGCACUGGUAGUCCUGCCCACAGUAUGGCUGCGAGAUCUGCGAGUGCUAUCAUACCUUUCAGCGGGUGGUGUGAUUGCAACUCUUGUGGUGUUUAUAUCUGUCGCUUUAGUCGGCACCACUGAAGGUGUAGGGUUCCAUCAGACCGGGGAAGCAGUAAAGUGGAGUGGCAUGCCCUUUGCUAUUGGUAUUUACGGUUUCUGCUACUCUGGGCAUUCGGUAUUUCCUAAUAUCUACCAAUCAAUGUCUGAUCGCACAAAAUUCCCUAAGGCACUUUUCAUAUGUAUGGAUAAUUGUAUUGUGCAGCUUCACAUAGUUUGCACAGCGAUAUAUGGCUCGUUCGCUAUUAUUGGCUAUCUCAUGUUUGGUGACAAGACUCUGUCGCAAAUAACUUUGAAUCUUCCAAAAGAGUCAUUUGCCUCGAAAGUUGCUCUGUGGACCACGGUGAUCAACCCUUUCACCAAAUUUGCCUUGUUGUUAAACCCAUUGGCUCGGAGUUUAGAAGAGUUGCGCCCUGAAGGAUUUUUGAACGAAACAAUCGUCUCUAUUAUACUGAGGACGAGCCUUGUGGCGUCAACUGUUGUCAUUGCAUUUCUUCUUCCAUUCUUCGGUUUGGUGAUGGCUCUGAUUGGAUCCCUGCUCAGUAUACUUGUGGCAAUCAUAAUGCCCGCCUUGUGCUUCUUGAAGAUCACACAGAAUAAAGCCACACGUACGCAGGUGAUUGCAAGCGUCGUUAUAAUAGUGGUUGGAGUCAUCAGUGCCACCCUCGGAACGUACUCCUCGGUGGCCAGCAUAAUCGGAUACUAUUGAUUCUUCCAAGGCAAUCUCUUCGACAGCUCUCAGUACCGUCACUCUUGCCAAGAGUUUUUGCUGUGUAUCAUCGAAUUUUACCGUGCUCUAUGUGUACAUCCUUCGACCUGGUAUAGUCGAUUUAUAAAGACUGCAUCUCUAGCAACAAUGCAUUAUUGUUAACAUUUAGCUGCUAUAUCAUUUGGUGUACCAUAUUUCUGCCAA